CAAAAAUGGAAUCUAACAACAUUGAAGAAGAAAUUAUUGGUGCAGACAAUGACGUAGAUAUGGACGGUGAAGAAGACGAGUUUGAAAUCAGUUGAUACGGGGAAACAAACCAAGAAGAUGAUAAAUUUGACGAAUUUGUAGGAGCACUUCAAGAAAUUGUAAUUAAUCCUGAAUUUGAGACAAUUCAAAAUUCUUUCUUCAAUAAAUAACUGCAUCCAUUUUGAAAAUACAGAAGAGAACAAACUAAUUUAUAUGGACAUUUUCCAGAAAUAUAAAGAAGUUAUUGAGAAUUAUAUCGAAGAAAAUCUGAAAGAUAUGAUUCAGGACUUUAAUAUGGAAGAAUAUGCGGCAUUGCUUCCAGAAAGGAAGGAUGAAAUUGAUGAACAGCUUCUAGAACUAAUCACUUCCUUUGCUGACUUCACAGUCUUCAAAGAGCUUAUGAUCUCAUUUAGGAAAAUGGUAAUUGCAACAACACCUAAGCAUAAAUCAGCAAAGGCAGCAGAGUUAGAGAAAGAGUUGUUAGAAAAGCAAAAAAUUGAAGUUCCAGAGGGAUUAGAACUAUUACAUGUCAGCGGAAAUAAAACGAAAAUUUAUGAUGACAACUAAAGUGUUAGAGUCUUCUUGUAACAAAUAAUUAUC